AUGUUAACAACAUUAUGUUCUGAACUGAGAAGCCUUAAAGUUUCUCAGGUGUCGAAGGUUUUAACCAGUACUAGGAAUCUGCCUGCGAGAGGCACUAAGCCGCUUCCUAGAUAUUUAUGGGAUGAGAAAGAUCUUGACGAAAAAACCGGAGGUCAAUACACUCAUAAGCCGUUAAGAAUUAAUAGGUUGGGAGGAAGACAUCCGGAAACAGGACGUAAAGUCAACCAGCAUAUUGGUGGGGGAGUGAAGUUUGACUACUUUAUGAUUGAUUUUCAUAGAAGAGGACCAUCUGAGCCAGGCAACAGUUACGAUGAAAGAAUAUUAGAAGUUCGAAGAGAUCCUAACAGGUCAUCACACAUAGCAUUAGCUGCUGGUAUCAAUGGCAAAAGAUGGUUAUUAGCCACUGAAAAAAUGAAGGCUGGCGAUAUCAUUUCCACAACGGGAUUCAUAUCAGAAAAUCCAGUUAUUGGCCUUGAGGGUAAUUCAUACCCUAUUGGCUCUUUAGCUCCAGGAACUCUGGUGAACUGUGUAGAACGAUAUCCUACAGAAAACUCGGAAGUGUUUGUAGUAAAAGCAGGAACAGCUGCAACAAUAGUCAGACACCAAGGAGACUUCACCAUUAUAAGGCUUCCACAUAAGCAUGAGUUCUCCUUGCAUAGAACUUGCAUGGGAACUGUAGGACGACUUUCUCAUUCUGAAAUUGAAGGAAAAAUAUUUGGGUCUGCUCAAAUGCACAGAAGGUUUGGCUACAAGAUGAGUAGUGGGCUAUUUCAUAAAAAAGAUGGUUACUUCGGUCGUAAGGUCCGUGCUUUGCCACCUGUUCGAGUUUUAGAUACACCUGCUGCUGAGGCCCCUUCAAGUUAUAAAUUUUCGAUGACAAAAGACGAAGUUAGCGGACUACAUGGACAUGCUCGAGUCCAUAAUUUGUUAUCUUCUGGAUAUAAUAAUAGAGAAUAUUCUGAUUAG